GCGGGCCGUCGCCUCCCCAGCAUUCUCUUCUCCCAAUCAUCACCAUCUUCCUUGCAUUCUUCCUCAACUCUCUCUCUCUCCCUCCCUCCCUGUUCUUGAACCGCGCGUGCCGCGUGCGUCUGGUGUCCGCGUCGGCCGCCGGGUCCCGUCAUCGGAGGAAGGAGUCGAAGGCAAAACAAUGGCGAAGGGCGGGUUGGGCAAGCUGCGGUGCAUGAUCAGGAGGUGGCACUCCUCCAGCCGCAUCGCCCGCGCGCCGUCGCCGCCCGGCGAGGACGGCGUGGACGCGCGCGGCGCGUCGUUCCACGGCGCGGACGAGGUGCCCAAGGGCCUGCACCCGGUCUACGUCGGCAAGUCGCGCCGCCGGUACCUCAUCGCCGAGGAGCUCGUCGGCCACCCGCUGUUCCAGACCCUCGUCGACCGCACCGGCGGCGGCGGCGCCGCUGAGGCGGGCUGCACCGUCGUCGGCUGCGAGGUCGUGCUCUUCGAGCACAUGCUCUGGAUGCUGGAGAACGCCGACCCGCCGCCGGAGUCCCUCGACGAGCUCGUCGAGUACUACGCGUGCUGAGACAGAGCAUCCACCGCGCCCGGCCCCGGCCGCCGGAGCUGGAAGCUUGUCGAAUCUCGAUGCCGCGGCGGUAAAUCGCUCUGCAAUUCCUGUGUCUUGAGUAGGAUUAGAGUAGGAGAAACCAUUGUUAAUCGCCGCCGCGUCGGUAAAUCUUUCGGCUCCGUUGAUUGAAUUCGAUUGCCUCUAGUUGCUACAAUUUUUAAUGCUAUCCUCCUAAUAAGACCUCUUGGAGUCUGGACAAAUGCGUCCAUGUACAUUGCAAUGCUGAAAAGAGAAAAAAAAAACAUCUCCCAUUUCAACUCUUCGAUAUGAUGUGCAUCAGCGUUCUUUAUUUCAACUGGCGCUCUUGUGUUUGGCCUCUGGUGCAAUAUAAGAAUUUCUUUGUAAAGAAUGUA